CUCAGUCGCGGUGACUUGACACACCAGGAAACGUAAAACUACAUUUGCCACCCAGUGGAGAGGAAUGUUUAAAAAAAAACAAUCGCAACGUUUAAGACUAUGGCGUUUGAAUAAAUGGAGAUGCGAUAACACCGCGUUUUUCUUCUAUAAAUUUUUAUUCCAGUGCCACAUUCUCUUCUUAACUGCAAUCAGUUGAGGAAAAUAUAUAUUUUUUUAUUUCAAUCUCGACACAAAUGGAUAAGUAACGGCUUUUACACAAAUAUACUAAAUUGCACUCCAUUAUCUGCUAGUUUUGGCGCAAUAGACUAUAACAAUUUAUUUUUCCCUUUGCAAAUAGUCAAAAUUUUCUCAAAAUAACGCUUGCUGCCUUUUGUGAACAGUUGGGAGAGGCUGGAAACAUGAAUCUAGUCUUCUCCUUCGUCACCAUUCUUCUUUCCAUUUCGCUGACCACCGCCGUGAACUUCACGAGAGUCACCGAGUGGCCUGAUAAAUUGGCGAGCAGGCCACAUACCCUGCAAGAUGGAAUUUCCAAAACAGACAAUCUUGUACUCGUUCACAUGGCUGUCUUCGAAGAAAAGAUGAUCUUCAGCGUAGAGAAGUUGAAAGGCACGUCAGUAACUUUGGUGUCUUUGCUGAUGAACGACGCGUCCGCAAAGUUCAUUCCAUUCCCUUCGUCGGACAUGCAUGAAUAUGGAAACUGCGACAAAUUUGAAGUAGCGGCAGGGAUUCGAGUGGAAUCCUUUGGAAGGCUGUUGAUGCUCGAUGAGGGUAGCUUCCAUUGCAAUGCCAAAAUAUGGGCAAUCGACAUGAAGAACAAGAAUCAAAUCAAGCUAAUUCAUCGGUUUUCUUUUCACGGACCGAUGCAUGACUUGGUGAUUCAGGAAACUCCCAACGGCAAAUAUUUCGCCUACAUCUCGCGGGUUAAUAAACAACACAUUGUCGUGUACAGUUCGGAAAGAAAUGAAUCUUGGAUUGCUUACACACCUGGAACCGAGGUUUUUUCCAUUGCGCUGUCCUCUGAGGGUCAGGAACCGGUGAGACAGCUCUACUUCAGCAAAUACGACUCCACUGAACUGUAUUCAAUUUCCGUCGCCGCUCUCCGCAACGGAACUCGAACUGCAAAUCCGAAACUAAUCGGAAAAUGGAGUGCAAUACCAAAUAAAAUGGAGAUGGACAACCAUGACACCUUGCAUGCCAGCUUUUUGUGGAAGAAUUACACUUCCUCUUGGAACACCUCCGAGCCAUUCAAAGAGCAGCGUUUUCAUGAGGUCGCUGGAUUGAAUUCAUUUGUUUGGCCGAUUACUUUCGCUUGGAACGAACGUGGAACUCUUUAUAUGACGGUGUUUCAUGAGAAAAGAGUGCCAAAAUUCGAGCUUUUUAGGGUUGAAGACAGUGCAACAUCCAUCAACGCCUCGUCAGGUAAGUUUAAUUUUGAAUAAAUUUCCCUUGACAACUUAAUAGAAUGAAAAAAAUCCAAAAAAGAGCACUUUGAAACGGUUGUUGCAAAAACUAAAUGUUCCCGCUGCAGCCUGGGUCGGCAUAACAAUUUUUUGUUUUAUUAGUCGCCGCAAUUUUAAUUUUCCCCUUUGUAAAGUUGCACAUAUUAAAAUCUCAAUAAAAUUUUUGCCAGUUAAAUCUUCAAACACUAAUGUCAGUGAAUAUGCAACCUGCUUGACAGUAGAGUAGAGCAAUUUGCAAAUUCAACGGCACACAAGCAAAAAAUUCAGAAAAUAUUAAUGAUUUUUAAAUUUCCACUGUAUAUAAUAACUACCACUUAACUGAGAUAUGUUUUUCACAUUGUGAAUUUUUUGCUAUAUUCCUAACAAUCAACAAUUAAUUUCCGCUUUCUUUUUUGUUUUUAACACUCUGAAAUUGACGCUUCAAAUGCUUGCACGCCAAUUUCAGAAUUGGAUGGUCGUGCUACAGGUGGAGAGAACAAAGUGGCGGUAAACUCUGCCCAAAGCACAAAACUAAUCAACCCGAGCGUGUUAUUCAUCUUCGUUUUCUUCUUGGCUAUAAAAUGUUUCGUGGUGUAGCGGUCCGAACCCCUUAUCCCUUAUGGCUUUCGCGUUUGGUGCAUGCUUCUGGAAAUCAAAUGUCUUUUGUUCCGGCACUGUUUGUUUGUAAAAUGAUGUUUGUAUCUGCGUUGUGUUUCAUCGCCUGAGGCAUGGCUCUUGCAUUGCUGCACAAAUAAUGAUAAGGAAAUGCAUACAUCGUAUGUAUUGUGUUCUUUAAAAGCUAACACUUUUUCAUAGUUAAUCCUUAAAAGUAUUAAACCCAUCAACUUGGGUGUAAGUUUUCGCAAUAGUUAUGUCAAUACUAUAAACAAAGAAUUCACGGCGGUGGCGCCACAGUAAGCGAACACUCUACGUUUGUAACAGCUGCUUCCAUAGCAGCGUUCUAGUCAAACUAUGUGUAUUGACUACAUGAUUUAUCACAUUUUUUUAUCCAUAAAUUCACUCCUUUUUUUAUGUAUAUAAAGAAAUGUUUUCGCGGUCAAUUUUCAAUUGUUGCGGCUUACUAUUUUGAGAAAGAAAGUAAAGUGUUACACCAUAUGAACAUUUGAAAUUGUUCCUGUUGACGAAAAAUGGCGCGAUCGAGUCUUUGAAAAAAUUCUUUUAGCUGUCCAUCUAGUGGAAAUAAAGACGCGAUUAAUUUUUCAUCAUUAUUCAUCGUCAGAUAUUCAAGGAAACCUUCGUUGUUGAAUAUUGUUGCCAUUCUCUAUUAAAACAGUUUGCAUUUGCACGCCAAUUUGAAAUGUUCGCUAACUGAGCCGGCACCAUAGACAAAAAAAUACAAUACCAAAAGUUAGAUUUUGCUGAUAAAUUAAUGAAUGCCUUAAUGCUAACAGAGU